CGGCGUGUGCGUUCAGGCGCCGCGCGGGCCGCCCGUUGCCCCGGAGACGGGGUCCUUCCGCCGUGGGCGCCGCCAUCUUGUGGGCCUGCCCGCGCCCAAUAGGCGGCUGCGCGGUGGCCGGGGGCGGGGCGGCGCGGCGCGGCGCGGCCUGCGGCUCAGCUCGGUCGCGGUCAUGGCGGCCCCGGCAGUCCGCCCGCUCCCGCUCCCGCUCCCGCUCCCGCUCCCGCUCCUGCUCCUGCUGCUGCUGCUCGGGGCCUGCGCACCGGCCCCGGGCGGCGCCUCGUCGGAGGCCCCGGCGCUGGUCAACGAGGAGGUGAAGCGCACGGUGGACCUGAGCAGCCACCUGGCCAAGCUGACGGCCGAGGUGGUCCUGGCGCACCCGGGCGGCGGCUCCGCGGCCCGCGCUUCCUCCUUCCUUCUGGCCCUGGAGCCCGAGCUCGAGGCUCGACUGGCCCAUCUCAGCGCGCAGAUGAAGGGAGAAGAUGAAGAAGAGAACAAUCUGGAAGUACGAGAAACCAAAAUUAAGGGGAAAAGUGGGAGGUUCUUCACAGUCAAGCUCCCAGUUGCUCUCGAUCCAGGGGCCAAGGUCUCAGUCAUUGUGGAAACAGUCUACACCCAUGUGCUUCAGCCAUAUCCAACCCAGAUCACCCAGUCAGAGAAGCAGUUUGUGGUGUUUGAGGGGAACCAUUAUUUCUACUCUCCCUACCCCACAAAGACACAAACAAUGCGUGUGAAGCUCGCCUCCCGCAAUGUAGAGAGCUACACCAAGCUGGGCAACCCCACACGCUCUGAGGACCUUCUGGAUUAUGGACCAUUCAGAGAUGUCCCUGCUUACAGUCAGGAUGCUUUGAAAGUACACUACGAGAACAACAGCCCUUUCCUGACCAUCACCAGCAUGACCCGAGUGAUUGAGGUGUCUCACUGGGGUAACAUUGCUGUGGAGGAGAACGUGGACUUGAAGCACACGGGAGCUGUACUUAAGGGGCCUUUUUCACGCUAUGAUUACCAGAGACAGCCAGACAGCGGCAUAUCCUCCAUCCGUUCCUUUAAGCUUUUCACAUCACUGCUGCAUUUGCUUGGCCUUUCAGGGGACCAGUAUGCACUGAAGAUGAGGUUUGUGGACCACGUGUUUGACGAGCAAGUGAUAGACUCCCUGACUGUGAAGAUCAUCUUGCCUGAAGGGGCCAAGAACAUCCAGGUCUACAACCCGUAUGAAAUCAGCCGCGCCCCAGAUGAGCUGCACUACACCUACCUGGACACGUUCGGCCGCCCGGUGAUCGUGGCCUACAAGAACAACCUGGUGGAGCAGCACAUCCAGGACAUUGUGGUCCACUACACCUUCAACAAGGUGCUCAUGCUGCAGGAGCCCCUGCUGGUCGUGGCUGCGUUCUACAUCCUCUUCUUCACCGUCAUCAUCUACGUCCGGCUGGAUUUCUCCAUCACAAAGGACCCAGCUGUCGAAGCCAGGAUGAAGGUGGCCUGCAUUACCGAGCAGGUGCUGACUCUGGUCAACAAGAGAAUAGGUCUGUACCGUCACUUUGAUGAGACAGUCAAUAGGUACAAGCAGUCCCGGGAUGUGUCCACCCUCAACAGCGGCAAGAAGAGCCUGGAGACAGAGCACAAAGCUCUGACCAGUGAGAUUGCACAGCUGCAGUCCCGGCUGAAGACAGAGGGCUCCGACCUGUGUGACAAGGUGAGCGAGAUGCAGAAGCUGGACUCGCAGGUGAAGGAGCUGGUGCUGAAGUCGGCAGUGGAAGCUGAGCGGCUGGUGGCUGGCAAGCUCAAGAAAGACACGUACGUCGAGAAUGAGAAGCUCAUCUCGGGAAAGCGACAGGAACUGGUCACCAAGAUCGACCACAUCCUGGAUGCUCUGUAGACCCCGUCUGGCCAGACUGGGCCCAGGGCUGCACGUUCGGCCUGAGGGCAGAGGUGGAUGGUGAGCGCAGUAUGUGCUGCAGCUGCGUUGUGUAGUGGAGAGACACCGGGCCCUGUCUGCCCCAGGCAGCACAGAAUCUUCUUUUCCCUUUUUUUUUUUUUUAAAGCUUAAAGAAAUCUGAAUCCCAGAAACAACAUGUCUUUGUAUUUUGAACAAAGAAAAUUUUUAAUAACUGAUUGGUUAUGUUUUGUUUGGACGCCUAGGAUAUUGUUUCAGCCCUUGUUUUAUGCCUUUCUAAUUCCUGAUGUUUAGCUUAUUUUGUGAGUGUGUGAUUUUUUUUUUUUAAGUGUGUGAAAUCAAAUGAAAAUAAAGCAGGGACUGUGAAAUUU